GAAGCUCCGCCCUCUUACGUCACGCAGCAGGAAGAGUCGGACUCAUUUCUGUUGGUCUGACUCGAUGUCUCUUUAAAGGCUCACCAGGAUCGAUGCGUAAAGAAACAUGCUUUCAAGAAGGGUUUUGAACAUACAGCAGAUCUGUGGGAUUCAUUUUUGACUGCAUCAUUCAGAAAGUGAUAGUAAAGCUCAACAACAACUAAAAUGGCUUCAACAGCUGAGUAUGAUUAUAUGUGUCCCGUGUGUCAUGACAUCUUCAAGACUCCUGUUAUUUUAUCAUGCAGUCACAGUUUCUGUAAAGAGUGUCUUCAGCAGUUCUGGAGGAGCACGGAAACUCAGAAGUGUCCCGUGUGCAGGAGAGACUCUAAACACGAUCCUCCAGUUAACCUUGCGUUAAAAAACCUGUGCGAGUCCUUCUUAAAGAAGAGGAAUGAGGUUAGUUCAUCAGGAUCUGAGGAGAUCUGCAGUUUACACAGUGAGAAACUCAAGCUCUUCUGUCUGGAGGACAAACAGCCGGUGUGUGUGGUGUGCUUUACUUCACAACAACAUGACAAUCACAAAUUCAGACCCAUCGGUGAAGUGGUUUCAUCACUGAGGGAGGAGCUCAAUGCAACACUGAAUUCAAUACAGGAGGAACUUCAACACAAAGAAAUCAUUAAAGGAAAGUUUGAAAAAACACUUCAAUACAUCAACUCUCAAGCUGAUCACACAGAGCGUCAGAUUAAACAGCAGUUUGAGAAGCUUCAUCAGUUCCUCAGAGAUGAAGAAGAAGCUACAAUCACUGCACUGAGAGAGGAAGAGGAGCAGAAGAAACAUAUGAUGAAGGAGAAGCUGGAGGAGAUCAACACACACAUCUCAGCUCUUUCACACACAAUCAAAGACAUGGAGGAGAUGAUGAACGCUAGUGACGUCUGCUUUCUGAAGAAGUUUCCAGUCUCGAUGGAAAGAGUCCAGAUCUCAUCACAGCCGGAUCCACAGACUCCUUCUGGAGCUCUGAUUCAUGUGCCACGAUACUUGGGCAACCUGCCCUUCAGAGUCUGGAAGAAGAUGCAGGACAUCGUCCAGAACACUCCUGUGAUUCUGGAUCCAAACACGGCUCAUCCAGAUCUCGUCGUGUCAGAUGAUCUGACCAGUGUGAAAUGGAGCUGGAACAAACAACCUCUUCCUGAUAAUCCAGAGAGGUUUGAAUAUUAUCCCUGUGUUCUGGGUUCAGAGGGGUUUAACUCAGGAACACACUGCUGGGACGUGGAGGUUAAAGAGAGCUCAGACUGGAGCCUCGGAGUCACUACAGCAUCAAACCGGAGGAAGGGACGUGAUUUCUAUAAGACUUGUGUCUGGAGUGUGUGGUACGAUCAGUACAGUCUGUCUGAGCAGCCUGUCUUUGGCUUUCGUGUGAAACAGGAUCUUGAGCGUGUGAGAGUGUAUCUGGACUAUGACAGAGGAACGGUCUCAUUCUCUGAUCCUCUAACUAACACACAUCUACACACAUUCACUAACACCUUCACUCACACACUCUUCCCAUUCUUCAGUUGUUAUACUAUUUUCACUCUUAAGAUUUUACCGUUCAAUAGUUAGUAAACGUUACUCUUGUAGCUCGGGAUGUUUACUAUAUUUAAUCCAUAUCACACGAGUAAGAGACUGUUGAUCUGAAUAUCAGUACUUCUGUGACUGGGUUGUGAUGUUCACAUGACUGAUAUCAGAACUACAGCAACACUCACACUCUCAUCUAGCUCUUACACAACCGUACCAGCUGUGUGUAAUGACGGGUUCACACUGUGGGUUUUUCAGAGUCAUUGGAUGGCUGUUCUUCUCACAUUGCACGACUGUCUGGGGUAUUGUCUAGUUGCUGUUGUGUGCACAAUUCAUGACAGAUCAAGGAUUAUACAUUAUGCAACUUUUCGAUAGGAAGGAUCGCAAACAAAUCUUCCUUGUCUAUAAACUAUUUCACAACCAAGCAGAUGCAGGAAUUGACACAGGAAAUAGCACAAGAUCACAAGAUGACUUUUACACCCGAGAAUGGAUUUAUUCCUAUCAAAAAUGGUAGCCUGCAAAAAGCUUGCAAUCUAAUUUGUCUGUACACUGAUUUGCAGUGAAAAAACAUAAGAUAAAAAAGAAGAAUGGUUGCUUGCAGAGGCCCUGAUGUUUAGUUUCAGAUCUAUGACUCCUCCCACUGAACGUUCCCUUGCCCUGUAUCAUGCUCUCUCAUUGGCUGUAGGUCUGUAAUGACUCCUCCCACUGAACGUUCCCUUGCCCUGUAUCGUGCUCUCUCAUUGGCUGUAGGUUGUCGCUGAUGACAUUUCCAGUCAAAACACUUUUCACACUAGAGAAGUCACAGACAGGACCAGAUAUUUAGCGUGCCAAACAUCUCAUGGUCAUCAGUGAUGUGUUGGUGCUUUUCAGAUAGUGUUUAUGAUAACACACGAUGUGCGAUUGCCAGUCAUGUGAACUAGCCCGAUCUGUCUCCAAUUGUGGGCAUUUGUUGGCGAUUUCCACAAAACUGUCAGCAGGUGAAAAUUAGGACUAAAAUCGUGCAGUGUGAGCUCAGCAAGUUACAAAUUAACCUACUUUUGAUGUAAAGGGGAACUGAACUAACACUACCAAAUAUUUUUACAUUGCACCAUUUAGCAUAGUUCAAACUGUGCAUUUUAGGAUGGAGAACAUUGUGAUUAAACUGCUCUACAAUACAAAACCAUUCUAAACAGUGCAUAUAUGUGUGCAUCUCUUUUUGUCAAAUAAAAUCUAUCACAAUAAA